AUGGUUACAACUUCAAAUGCUGCUGCUGUGGAGACCAGUGGACAGUCCAGCUCCUCCUGUCUGACUGUGCAUCAUUGUCUUAAAGAGAAAUUGGAAUGCGACCUGCUCUCUUUAUCUGACCAGCUACUCAAUAGUUACUCCGCAGAGACUACUCCUCCAGAUAGUCUAGUCCAGUGUGCCGGCCUUCUGAUUGGUGUAUUGUCGUGUUAUUGUCACACUGAGGUCAUCAAUGAAGAGCAAGCCUGCAAAUCUAGGCUGUUUCAGAAAGCCAAGAUGUUGAUACAAUGUGUUGGUGAGACGACAGCAUUAUUAAAGGGAAAGCUACAUGAGGAAGCCAAAAUUAUUUCUUUAGGAAUGAUAAUGUCCCAUUGUGUAAGCUGUGUGUGUAAUUGUGCAAAGUCUCGUCCAGCUUUUACAGAUCUAUUUUUUCGUCUUUUUACAUCGAGGAUGUUAAAUGAUUUGUGUGACAUUUCUAGAAAUUUGAUAACGAGCAGCGGCACUACAGUGGAAGCAAUGGAGGUUGAUUUUAUGGAUGGUGACAUAGAAGCUAAGAUGGAUGCAGAAAACCAAGGUGCUGUAGAUCUUAUUGAUGAUCAUUCUUCUCCUGAAGCUACAGAAAGCGCAGACUAUGGAGAGUUGCAAAAUGUCACUGGUGCAGUAAACCCUUUGUCAGAGGAUCACCUCAGCAAAUCA